UAUGACAUUUAAGCGUGUCGGUUGGGUUAACUUUGGUGUAAACUAGAUGGCUAGGGUGUCAACUAAUGCAUAUUUUUCCAGAACCAAGGACAAAUCUGGUGCAGUGGGGACUUCAGGUGUAGGGAGGUACCGAAGAGCAGUGCGUGGGUUUUUUUAUUAAUUUUGUUGUACUUGUUUACGGGUACCGGUUGUAAGGCCUCACAACCGGGCAGGUUACUCAAACAGAUGUUAUAAAAAGCUGCGUGGAGAAAUACCUGGGUCUAAUUAUUGUUAAUAUUUAUUGAGCAACUGAGAUCGACGGGUGGCCUUCAGAAGAGUACACGGCAGACAACACAGAGAGUGGCGCCCUCGGGUGGUUUAAAAUCCAGGAGGGGGUCGAGGUCAAGGUUGUCGACGACGAGGGCCGGAUGGUACUACCCUCUACCAGGGCGACUGAUAGAUUUUUACAGAUAUUCACAGAUAUGUCUCUAGCUAGAUAGAUGGUCAUUUUGGGCUAAACCCAAACUUGUCCUGUCUUGGAUUCCAGUGCCCGGCAUGGACUAUAUGACACUUAGAACUUAUAAAAAACCUGAGUUUAAGAGCUUGGGCUGCCCAGUCAGUAACUGUAUCUACACUGAGGAUAAGUCUUUGGCUGAUAAAAGCGACGCUAUUGUUUUUAUAGCCAGAAGUUUGGGAAGGAAACCUAAAAAACUGCCUCACCAGCGCUGGGUGUGGGUAACGCACGAGAGCUCGUGUUACUCCGGGGAAGCCGGUGGUGCUUGGGCGGGAAUGUUUAAUUGGACGAUGACAUUUCGGCGAGAUUCCACAAUUUUUACACCGUAUCAGUUUGUUGUGGAGCGGGAAAAACCCCUUGCCAAGAAUUUCACGGCAAUAGCACUGAAGAAGACGAAGUUAGUAGCUUGGAUGGUCAGUAACUGUCACACUAAGAGUAAUCGAGAGAGGUACGUCGCAGAGUUGAAGAAGCACAUCCCCGUUGACGUGUACGGUGGGUGUGGUCCGUUAAAAUGUUCCAAACGGGACAACGAAAGAUGCCUGGAGAACAUUAAUAGGGACUACAAGUUUUACCUGUCCUUUGAGAAUAGUAUCUCAACGGAUUACGUCACAGAGAAAUUUUGGAAAAUGUUGGAUCGUGACAUAGUGACGGUAACAAGAGGUCCGGCCAAUUAUUCCAGGGUUGGAAUAAAACCCGAGUGGCACAUCAAUACGAACGAUUUUAAAUCUCCAAAAGAUUUAGCAGCCUAUCUGAAAUAUUUGGACAAAAAUGUGACGGCUUAUGUUCAAUAUUUAGAGUGGAAGAAUCAGUACACCACAGGGAACCGACUGAAGGCGUACUGCGACCUCUGCGCCAAGUUAAACGACCCCAGUGAGCCAGUCACGUGGUUCCGGCCAGGGACGCUGGCCAACUGGUUUAACAAGGGUCACUGUAUAGCACCCAAAGACUUGAAUUUUAAACGUAGAAAAAGACGCCAAACAGACACUUUUAUAUAUUUAGAUGGACAUGGGGUGCUUAUUUUUUAACAUGCUAAGUCAAUUGUUUAGACUGCAGUCAAGGGACGUCUUUGAGCCGUUUUAGAUAUAUUCCCGGUGAUUAAAUCAUGCUACACAGUUUUAAGAAUUUAAUCGGCGUACGAAGAUAAAUGAUGUAAUGCUACUGAUACAGUUCUAGAUUGGCGAUUAAAAAUUACAAUAAUGUUUA